AUGGAGUGGUCAGCUCUUGCAUGCUCCGUCACUGUCGUGAUCCUUGUAUUCCUGCCUUUGCGUGCGUCCGACGACCGGCUUGUCCCCGGCAAGCCGCUCGUCCCCGGAGCCACCAUCGUCUCCGACGGCGGUGACUUCGCCCUGGGCUUCUUCGCCCCGUCCAGCUCAGCUCCGGCCAACCUGCACCUGGGCAUCUGGUACAAUGGCGUCCCUGAGCUUACCGUGGUGUGGGUGGCCAACCGGGAAACACCGGUCACCAACAGCAGUGCAACCGUGCUCUCCCUCACCAACACCUCCGACCUUGUUCUCUACGACGGUAACAGCAGCGGCCGCGUCGUUUGGACGACCCGCGUGAAGGCCGCGUCGAGCUCCUCUUCCCCAACGGCCGUGCUUCUGAACACCGGCAACCUCGUCGUCCGGUCGCCGAACGGCACCACGCUGUGGCAGAGCUUCGACCACCCAACCGACACGCUCCUCCCCGGCAUGAAGAUGGCAUUGAAGCACGGCACGCGUGACGGUGAGCGCCUAGUGUCUUGGAAGGGCGCCGGCAACCCCUCGCCGGGGAACUUCUCCUACGGCAGCGACAUGGACACGUUCCCGCAGGUAUUCCUCUGGGAAGGCACGCGCCCGGUGUACCGCGGCCCCCCGUGGACGGGGUACCGGGUGAAGAGCGACUACCAGUACCAGACGAGCAGCACCAGCUCCAUCAUCAUCUACCUGGCCGUCGUCAACGACGGUGACCAGAGCUACACGACCUUCACCGUCUCGGACGGCGCAUGGCUCACCAGAUGCGUGGUGACCUACAACGGCGAGCUCCAAAUCCAGAGCUGGAACGCCAGCUCGUCAGCGUGGGCCGUCCUCGGGAAGUGGCCGCCGUACCCGUGCGUCAGCUACGGCCACUGCGGCCCGAACGGGUACUGCGAUGAGACGGCCAGGCCUUUGCCGACGUGCAAGUGCCUCGACGGCUUCGUGCCGGCCAGCACGAGGGACUGGACCGGCGGCAGGUUCUCAGAGGGGUGCCGGCGAAAGGAGCCUCUGCGCGGGUGCACUGCCGCUGCCGGUGCCGGUUUCGUGUCCCUGCCGGGGAUGAAGCCGGCGGACCGGUUCGUGCUCGUGGCCAACAGAACGCUGGAGGGGUGCGCGGCGGAGUGCGACCGCAACUGCUCCUGCGUGGCGUACGCGUACGCCAACCUGAGCAGUGCCACGUCCAGGGGAGACAUGACGAGGUGCUUGGUGUUGGCCGGGGACUUGGUUGACACCGGGAAGUUGGGCGUAAGCAGCCCCGCCAGCGACACGCUCUAUCUCCGGCUCGCCCGAUUGGAUGUUGCAGCUGGUAAAAAGACGAAGCAUAAUGCAGUGAGGAUUGCGUUGACAGCCAUAGGAAGUAGUGUGGUGAUAAUCAUGUGCAUUUUUCUUGCAUGGUUGAAAUUCAGUGGCAAGAACAGGAACCAGGGAAAACACAAGAAGGCACCAUUCGAUAGUUCCAAUGACCUUGAGUUUCCCUUUGUAAGAUUUGAGGAAAUUGCUCAGGCUACACAAAAUUUCUCCGAAACAUGUAUGAUUGGACAAGGAGGCUUUGGCAAAGUUUAUAAGGGAACACUAGGUGGACAACAAAUUGCUGUCAAAAGGCUAAGUAGGGAUUCUCAACAAGGGACAAUUGAGUUCACGAAUGAAGUAAUACUUAUUGCCAAAUUACAACACCGUAAUUUGGUUCGACUACUGGGAUGUUGUGGCGAGGGAGAUGAGAAGUUAUUGAUUUAUGAGUACUUGCCUAAUAAAAGCUUGGAUGCCACACUUUUCGAUGAUUCAAGAAAGCGGUUGCUUGAUUGGGCAACACGGUUUAAUAUAAUCAAAGGUGUCGGAAGAGGGCUUGUUUAUCUCCACCAAGAUUCAAGACUGACAAUAAUUCAUAGAGAUCUCAAAGCUGGAAAUGUUUUGCUAGAUGGAGAUAUGAAACCCAAGAUAGCAGAUUUUGGUAUGGCGAGGCUCUUUGGAGAUAACCAGGAAAAUGCAAACACCCAACGUGUUGUUGGAACAUAUGGCUACAUGGCUCCUGAGUAUGCAAUGGAAGGUGUCUUCUCUAUCAAGUCUGACGUCUAUAGCUUCGGUGUGUUAGUACUAGAGAUUGUAACCAGCAUAAAGAGAAGCUCUAUCAUUCACACCAUGGGCUAUUCUAGUCUUAUAGACUAUUCGUGGAAUAUGUGGAAGGAAGGGAAGACAAAGGAUAUGGCCGAUUCAUCUAUCACAGAUACGUGUUCACUACACGAAGUCUUUCUUUGCGUCCAUAUAGCACUAUUGUGCGUUCAGGAAAACGCAGAUGAUAGGCCACUGAUGUCAUCAAUUAUGACCGCCCUAGAGAACGGAAGUACCACACUUCCAAAUCCCAAUUGCCCUGCCUACCUUGUGCGCCGGGAAACCGAAUUAGAGCACUUUAGGAACAAUAUUCAGAACUCAGUCAAUUCUUUAACUCUUACGGAAAUAGUGGGCCGAUGAAAUUAUUUAUUAUUUUUAUGCUUUAGUUAUAGAACAGAAAGUCUCUCCACCAAUAUGUGGGCUAUCGACUAAUGGUGGAGGGAAGUUACACUCCCACCCCACUCAGUUUUGAUCGGUGUCUUGUAUUUAAUCAAAUUACAUAUGUGGGUAUGACUUUUGGAUAUUGAAUGUGUGUGUGUGAGCAGAAAGUAUGUAGGUCGUGGUCGGCAUUUACUCUCUCAAAGAAUGAAACCCUUGCCUAACAAAAUGGCCAUGCAUCAUUCUUUGUUCCGAAGUCAUCUUAUUGGCCUUGUUUUCAAUCGCAAAUUUCAAGAAUACGACCCAUCAUCCUAGAUUAAUCAAUUACAAAGCAAUGUAUUGUGCAUUUUUCUGAAAAUGUGUGAAAUUUAAAUGUAGCAUUAUGAGUCAUAACAUGAUCCCACAAAAUAGGGAAAACUGA